CAUGUGGCUGCUGACCCUCCUACAUGCAAGGGUCUGUCCCAGCUGGUGGUGCAGCUCCUGCAGUUCAUGGAGGACUCGUGUGGCACAAAAGCCACCAAUCCUCCACUCGUCAAAUUACCAAUGCGAUGCUUCCUGGACUUCAAGCCAGACGGGGGCCUGUGUCACAUCCUGAGCACCGUUUACAAGUACAAAACUGACCACAGCUGGCGGCGCUUUGACUUCCAAUCUCCAUCUAGACGUGAAGCCAACAUUGAGUUGCUGCGAUCUAUCCUUGCCAACCUCGUGUCCUGUGGUGCAUGGACGACCCCAAGCAUCUUCAUUCACGAGUCUGUUGACUCUGAGAUGAAGAACGAACUUUGCGACAUAGUCACUCGCCACAGCGGCAAAGUUGUUGAAAGUUUGAGUGAAGCCACACACGUCGUGUAUGACGAACAAGAUCCUCUUGAUGAGGAGUUUGCGCGCGGUGUGCUGCGCAGGGACAAGUCGACGCUCUUCCACUUCUAUUACAUGCCAGACUCCCACGACAACUGGGGCGUCAAUGUCGAACUCGACUACGAUCCUCCUUCCUCCCCGCCCAUGCCGGAACAAUCUCCUGUUAAAGUGUGUGCCAACUGGCUGCAGGACCUUGAGUCCUACAAUGAGUGGAUGAACGAGGAGGAUUACACGGUGGAUGAGAAUGGAACGAAGCUAAAGCAUCCUCACUGCCUGUCGGUGGAGGAUACCAUGGCACUCUCCGACCCCGACAGGAAGAAGAAGGAAACCAAGACCGCCAGCAAGAAGAGGCCCAGGAGCCCACCCUCUCCUCGCGCCGGGGGCAGGAGGAAAGGCAUUAUAAUCCCUUACAUGUUGGAUUUGUCUGUUGUUUUCGCUGCGUCUGUUGUUUUCACUGCGUCUGUUGUUUUCACUAUGUCUGUUGUUUUCACUCCGUCUGUUGUUUUCACUACGUCUGUUGUUUUCAAUACGUCUGUUGUUUUCAAUACGUCUGUUGUUUUCAAUACGUCUGUUGUUUUCACUACGUCUGUUGUUUUCACUACGUCUGUUGUUUUCACUACGUCUGUUGUUUUCACUCCGUCUGUUGUUUUCACUAUGUCUGUUGUUUUCACUCCGUCUGUUGUUUUAACUACGUCUACCGCCCCGUCCCCCGCCAAGCCCGCCAAGAAGUCCCGCCCUGACGACGAGGACGACCUUACGGCGGGACUGGAGGACCCGCCGCCCGAGCCCUGCGUCACCGAGGUCACCGCCGCUGCUACCGCCACCACCACUGCCACCGCUACCGUGGGCAGCAAAACUUCGUCGGGCGGCGGGACAAACACGGCCGUCACGGGGGCCUCUAAAGGCGCCACCUACCACGACAUGGACGCCCAGGACCACGACAAGACCGAUGUGGGGGCGCAGCUAAGUGAGCCCGAGGACACGGCUACGGACCAGACGCACCACAUCAUCGUGCCCAGCUACAGCGCCUGGUUCGACUACAACGCCAUCCACGCCAUCGAAAAACGCGGCCUUCCUGAAUUCUUCAAUGGCAAGAAUAAGAGCAAAACUCCUGAGAUCUAUUUGGCCUACAGGAACUUCAUGAUUGAUACCUACAGGCUGAACCCAAGCGAGUACCUGACGAGUACGGCGUGUCGCCGCAACUUGGCGGGCGACGUGUGCGCCAUCAUGCGCGUGCACGCCUUCCUCGAGCAGUGGGGCCUCAUCAACUACCAGGUCGACACAGACGCUCGCCCCACCCCCAUGGGCCCGCCCCCAACUUCGCACUUCCACGUGUUGGCGGACUCACCCUCGGGACUGCAGAGCAUCAACCCCAUCAGAGUGAACCAGCCAUGCGCUGCUAAGGUGCUUGACAUCAAGCCCAAGACUGAGUCAGACUGCGGCACGUCCCCGGGCGGGCCGACGCCUGGCGCAGACCUGGGACUGCGCAUGGACCAGUACAGCAAGAAGAGCCUCAAGAACCGCGCCCCAAACGCCCAGACCAGAGACUGGACCGAGAAGGAGACCGUCCUCCUGCUGGAGGCGCUCGAGCUGUACAAGGACGACUGGAACAAAGUGUGCGAGCACGUGGGGUCCCGCACGCAGGAUGAGUGCAUCCUACACUUCCUGCGGCUGCCCAUCGAGGAUCCUUAUUUGGAGGACGCCGGGGAGGCUGAUCCUGUCAUGGGGCCUCUACAGCAUCAGCCCAUCCCCUUCAGUAGGGCCGGCAACCCCAUCAUGUCAACCGUUGCCUUCCUGGCUUCAGUGGUUGACCCGCGCAUCGCAGCGGCCGCAGCGUCAGCCGCCAUGACGGAGUUCUGCCGCAUCAAGGAGGAGGUCCCAGCGGCGCUGCUGGACUCGCACGUUCGCACCGUCGCAUCCAACGUGGCCGCCGGUAACGCUCCCGACGGCAACCUGGGACUCGACAAAACCGGCAUCGCCGGAACUACCACCGACGAUGAAGACAAAGAGAAGGACGCCGUCAGUAAAGAUGGCGCCGUGGCGACCACGCCUGAGAAGAGCGAGGAAAAGAUGCAGGUUGAUGGUGAGGAGAAAGACUCUGCCGAAGCAAGCAAAGGAGCUGAGGAGGAGAAGAAAACGGCAGAGUCUGAGGACACCGAGAAGAAGGAUGAGGUGUCUGGGGACGUGAGUAAAGACGCGACGAAGUCUGAAGCCAAUAAAUCUGGGGAAGACGGCAAGGUGAAGAGUGAGGAGAAGGACAGUGACAAAAAAGAGACAUCAACGAAGGACCCUUCUGAGGAAGAGGACAAAAGGCAGGCCGUUGAGAAGCUGCGAAAAGACGCGAGUGUGCAGCAAGCAGCAGCAGCAGCCUUGGGUGCAGCAGCUGUGAAGGCGAAGCAUCUCGCCGCCGUAGAGGAGCGCAAAAUAAAAAGCCUUGUGGCUUUGCUUGUCGAAACUCAAAUGAAGAAACUUGAGAUAAAACUCCGGCACUUUGAGGAGCUCGAGACAAUCAUGGACCGUGAGAGGGAGAGCCUGGAGCUGCAGCGGCAGCAGCUGCUACAGGAGCAGCAGCAGUUCCACCUGGAGCAGCUUAAAGCUGCCGAGCUUCGUGCCAGACAACACGCGCUGCAUCAGCUGCACCAACAACAGCAGCAACAGCACAGCAAUCCCAGCACACCUGGCGCUGCAGCUGCUGCAGCACCUGCUGCCACAGCUGUCUCUCAUUGAGCUGGUGCUGGAUCUACUUCGCUGUGCGCCGACUCCCAUGCGUUCAUCUGCAGGAGACCGGCAGAAGCACGAGGUGUUUUUUUAUGCUAAAAUUUAUAGACAAGGAAUUGUAUUGAACGCGAUUCUUCUCUUCAAUUAUUGUUUGGAACGACUGCGCUUCUCACGCUCCGAUAGUCGAACGUGCUUUGGAUUUUUUGAUACAUUUUUAAUAGGUUCCUGGUUUAUCCAUUAUUUUCUUUUCUCUUUGUUACUUUGCUUAGUGACGCUGGUGGCAUUCCAAAUCAACUCUUGAGUAAAUGAUGCGUGAUUGUGAGCCCACACCAUAGGAUCAAUUUGCUGUGUUCAUCUUUUCUUGUCAAAAGUUGUUAAUAGCUGUCCUCCAGUCGCGCGUUGUCUGGCGCUAAGCCAUUCAUUGAAAUAAAAUUAAAACUAGAACCGUACCAAGCGAUCAUUGUAGCCUUCGUAUUCCUCUUAUGGACAAGAAACGGGCACCCCCAGAAAUUUCAUUCGGUUCAGUCGAGUUAUGUUCAUCAAUGUACCGUAACUGGCGCUACUCUGAACCAAGCUUGAAAUCUCUGGUUUCGUUCCAGUUUAGGCACGUGAUCUCUAAACCGUUUCGUACGUAGCAAGCUUCGUGCGUGAGUGCCGCUGGGCUCCAGGCUGUCUUCGUGACCUGAACUUGUAAUUUAGUGAAGCUCUUUAAGUGAGUAAUUAGAUCUUGUGUAAGCUUAACAUGAUCGGCAUAUUUGAGCCGAGUGCUGUAUCUCGCUGACUGCUGAUUACGGCUGUAGGUUUUGUCUUAUAUCAAGACGAAUUUAAUUGUUUCUUGCUCUCAGGAAUACAUUCAUUUUCCAAGUAAUUUAAUUCGGCGCUGAGCUAACGCGAGACAUGGCUCCGGUUAUUUGUCUAUGCGGAGCUGACGAUGUCAUUUUUAAAAAUAAAAUAAAUUUAUUAA